AUGUUUAACAGAAAUAAAAUAUAUGAGUGCCUGGAGUGUGGAAAAAGUUUUGGAAGAAAAGGUAGCCUCAUUUGCCAUGAAAGAAUUCACACAGGGGAGAAACCAUACAAAUGCCUGGAGUGUGGGAAAAGCUUCAGUCAGAGUGCACACCUGACUUCCCAUCAAACAACUCACACAGGGGAGAAACCAUAUAAAUGCCUGGAGUGUGGAAAAGGCUUCAGUUGCAGUCCACACCUUAGUGUCCAUCAGAAAAUUCACACAGAGGAGAAACUAUAUAAAUGCUUGGAAUGUGGAAAAAGCUUCGUUCAGAGUUCACACCUUAAUGGCCAUCAAAGAAUUCACACAGGGGAGAAACCAUACAAAUGCAUGGAGUGUGGAAAAAGCUUCAAUCACAGUUCACACCUUAGUGUCCAUCAGAAAAUUCACACAGGGGAGAAACCAUACAAAUGCUUGGAGUGUGGGAAAAGCUUCAGUCAGAGUUCCAAUCUUACUUCCCAUCAAAGAACUCAUGUAGGGGAGAAACCAUAUAAAUGCCUGGAGUGUGGUAAAAGCUUCAAGAGUAGUACACAUCUUACUUCCCAUCAAAGAAUUCACAUAGGGGAGAAACCAUAUAAAUGCCUGGAGUGUGGAAAAAACUUCAGUCAGAGUUCCAGUCUUACUUCCCAUCAAAGAAUUCACACAGGGGAGAAACCAUAUAAAUGCCUAGCAUGUGGAAAAGACUUUAGGAAGAGUGGACACCUUACUGUCCAUCAAAAAAUUCACACAGGGGAGAAGCCAUAUAAAUGCCUGGAGUGUGGGAAGAGCUUCAGACAGAGUUACAUUCUUACUUUGCAUCAAAGAAUUCACACAGGGGAGAAACCAUAUAAAUGCCUGGAGUGUGGGAAGAGCUUCAGACAGAGUUACAUUCUUACUUUGCAUCAAAGAAUUCACACAGGGGAGAAACCAUAUGAAUGUCUGGAGUGCGGAAAAAGCUUCAAUCAGUGUUCCCAUCUUACUUUGCAUCAAAGAAUUCACACAGGGGAGAAACCAUAUAAAUGCCUUGAAUGUGGAAAAAGCUUCAGUCAGUGUUCCCGUCUUACUUCCCAUCGAAGAAUUCACACAGGGGAGAAACCAUAUAAAUGCCUAGAGUGUGGGAAAAGCUUUGUUUACAGUAAUGCUCUUACUUUGCAUCAAAGAAUUCACACAGGGGAGAAACCAUACAAAUGCCUAGAGUGUGGGAAAAGCUUCAAUCAGAGUUCCUGUCUUACUUCCCAUCGAAGAAUACACACAGGGGAGAAACCAUAUAAAUGCCUAGAAUGUGGGAAAAGCUUCAGUUUCAAUUCACACCUUAGUGUCCAUCAGAAAAUUCACAGAGAGGAGAAACCAUAUAAAUGCCUAGAGUGUGGGAAAAGCUUCAGUCGGAGUGACAAUUGUAGUUCCCAUCAAAGAAUUCACACAGGGGAGAAACCAUAUAAAUGCCUGCAGUGUGGAAAGAGCUUCCACCACAGUGUGCACCUUACUUCCCAUCAAAGAAGCCACACAGGGGAGAAACCAUACAAAUGCCUGGAGUGUGGGAAAAGCUUCAGGCAAAGUUCCGGUCUUUCUUACCAUCAAAGAACUCACAGAGGGGAGAAACCAUACCAAUGCCUGGAGUGUGGGAAAAGGUUCACUGACAGCUCCACUCUUACUUCCCAUCGAAGAGUUCUCACAGGGGAGAAACCAUAUAAAUGCCUGGAGUGUGGAAAAAGUUUUGGAAGGAAAUAUUACCUCAUUUCCCAUCGAAGAAUUCACACAGGGGAGAAAUUGUACAAAUGCCUGGAGUGUGGGAAAAGCUUCAGUCACAAUGGAAGCCUUACUUUCCAUCAAAGAAUUCACACAGCAGAAAACUCAUACAAAUGCUUGGAGUGUGGGAAAAGGUUCAGUCACAGUGAAGACCUUACUUCCCAUCAAGGGAUGCACACAGGGGAGAAAAAAUAUAAAUGCCUGGAGUGUGGGAAAAGUUUUGGAAGAAAAUAUUACCUCAUUGCCCAUCAAAGAAUUCACACAGGGGAAAAACCAUACAAAUGCCCAGAGUGUGGGAAAAGCUUCAGUCAAAGUUCUGGUCUUACUUACCAUCAAAGAAGUCACACAGGGGACAAACCAUACCAAUGCCUGGAGUGUGGGAAAAGCUUCACUGACAGUUCCACUCUUACUUCCCAUCGAAGAAUUCACACAGGGGAGAAACCAUAUAAAUGCCUGGAGUGUGGAAAAAGUUUUGGAAGAAAAUAUUACCUCAUCUCCCAUCGAAGAACUCACACAGGGGAGAAACCAUACAAAUGCCUGGGGUGUGGAAAAAGCUUCAGUCACAAUGGAAGUCUUACUUCCCAUCAAAGAAUUCACACAGGGGAAAACCAAUACAAAUGCUUGGAGUGUGGGAAAAGUUUCAGUCACAGUGAUGACCUUACUUCUCAUCGAAGGAUGCACAGAGGGGAGAAAACAUAUAAAUGCCUGGAGUGCGGAAAAAGUUUUGGAAGAAAAUAUUACCUCAUCUCCCAUCAAAGAGUUCACACAGGGGAGAAACCAUACAAAUGCCUGGAGUGUGGGAAAACCUUCAGUCACAAGUCCAGUCUCACUUCCCAUCGAAGAAUCCACACAGGGGAGAAACCACAUAAAUGUCUGGAAUGUGGAAAAAGCUUCAGGAAGAGUGGACACCUUACCGUACAUCAAAAAAUUCACAGAGGUGAGAACCCAUAUAAAUGCCUGGAGUGUGGGAAAAGCUUCAUUCAGAGUUCACACCUUUGUCGUCAUCAGAAAAUUCACACAGGGGAGAAAUCAUAUAAAUGCUUGGAUUGUGGAAGAAACUUCUGUGACAAACAAAGACUUACUUCCCAUCAAAGAACUCACACAGGGGAGAAACCAUAUAAAUGCCUGGAGUGUGGGAAAAGCUUCAGUCGGAUUGACAGUUGUACUUCCCAUCAAAGAAUUCACACAGGGGAGAAACCAUACGAAUGCCUGCAGUGUGGAAAAAAGUUCCAUCAGAGUGUACACCUUACUUCCCACCAAAGGACGCACAUGGGGAAGAGGAGAUAUAUGUGGGGACCAGCAGUGAAGAUGGAAGCUAACUUCUCUGAGGAGGAAGGGUCUCCUUUGGAGGAACGGAAGAGGGCUCAGGCCCAGGAACUUGCCCAAGGUGGCUUCUCAUGCGGCAAGGCUGUUUUGUGGUCAGGCAGUGGACAGGUGGUGUCCAGCCAUCGUCCUGGCAAAGGGGUGGAAACGGCCGCUGCAUCUCCAGUCCAGAGUGUGGAAGGAAAUUCGGUAAGAGUAACAACCUUUUACAGCAUCAAAGAACUCACACAGGGGAGAAACCUUUUGAAUGCUCAGAAUGUGGAAAGAGAUUGUAAAAGUAGCAGUCUCAUACUACAUCAAAGAACCCACACAGGGGAGAAACCUUUUGAAUGCUCAGAAUGUGGAAAGAGAUUCAGUAAAAGUAGCAGUCUCAUACUACAUCAAAGAACCCACACAGGGGAGAAACCUUUUGAAUGCUCAGAAUGUGGAAAGAGAUUCAGUAAAAGUAGCAGUCUCAUACUACAUCAAAGAACCCACACAGGGGAGAAACCUUUUGAAUGCUCAGAAUGUGGAAAGAGAUUCAGUAAAAGUAGCAGUCUCAUACUACAUCAAAGAACCCACACAGGGGAGAAACCUUUUGAAUGCUCAGAAUGUGGAAAGAGAUUCAGUAAAAGUAGCAGUCUCAUACUACAUCAAAGAACCCACACAGGGGAGAAACCUUUUGAAUGCUCAGAAUGUGGAAAGAGAUUCAGUAAAAGUAGCAGUCUCAUACUACAUCAAAGAACCCACACAGGGGAGAAA